GAUGUUUAUCAGGGAGAACAAGGAGCAGUAUCUGGAGUGAGCAGCGUGUCUCCACCGUGUCACUCCGCGCCUCGCAGCCGCAGACAUGGCCCUGCCUCUCGGAUGGCUCUCUGCUCUGGCCACGGGGAUUUUCGCAGCUCAUGUUUUGCAGAAACUUUGCUUCCCAUACUUUUGGAGGGACGUCUUCUUCCUCCUGAAUGUGAUCAGGUACGGCUUCACCCUGGAGCUCUCCAAGCUGACCUGCAGCGUGCGCACCGUGCUGGACAGGUUCAUCCAGCAGGCGCAGCGCAUCCCCAACAAGCCCUUCGUCAUCUAUGAGGACCGGGUCCACACCUACCGGGAGGUCGACCAGCGCAGCAACAGACUGGCUAAUGUUUUCCUCCGGACGCUGAACUUGAGGAAAGGAGACUGUGUUGCCAUGCUCAUGAGCAACGAACCCGACUUCCUCUGCGUUUGGUUCGGGUUGGCCAAGGUGGGCUGCUCGGUGGCUUUCCUCAACACCAACAUCAAGUCCAAGUCUCUGCUGCACUGUUUCAACUGCUGUGGAGCCAAAACUCUGAUUGUUGGUUCAGAUUUAAUGGAUUGUCUGGAAGGCAUCCUGCCCAGCCUGCUCAACGACAACAUCCAGGUGUGGGCCAUGAAGAGCCAGAGUGAGCACACACAGGUGCACACACUCCUGGAUAAGGUUGAUGCUGCCUCUGAGCAGCCUGUAGCAGCAGAGCUACGGGCCACCACCUCCCUCAAAUCCCCCACCCUCUACAUCUUCACCUCUGGAACAACAGGCCUCCCUAAGGCUGCAGUGAUCACUCAGCUCCAGAGCCUGAAGGGAGCAGCAGGGUUUUGGGUGUUUGGAGGAACUGAAGAUGAUGUCAUCUACGUCCCUCUGCCUCUCUACCACAGCGCAGCGUCCAUCAUCGGUAUAGGAGGAACCAUAGAGCUGGGUGCGACCUGCAUCUUGAAGAAGAAGUUCUCAGCCUCCCAGUUCUGGAAUGACUGUAGAAAAUAUGACGUGACUGUUUUCCAGUAUAUUGGUGAACUCUGCAGGUACCUCUGCAACCAGCCCAAGAAAGAGGAGGAUAAAGUUCACAAGGUGCGUAUGGGAGUGGGGAACGGGCUGCGGGCGGACGUCUGGCGGGAUUUCCUCUGUCGCUUUGGAAACAUUAAGAUGUGCGAAGUGUACGGCUCCACGGAGGGAAACCUGUGUUUCCUGAACCACAUCGGCAAGAUUGGAACUGUCGGCCGCACCAACUUCUUCUACAAGCUCCUGUUCAAGUAUGAGCUGAUAAAAUAUGACAUGGUGAUGGAUGAACCAGUGAAAGACUCAUAUGGUUUCUGCCAGCGAGUGGGAAAGGGUGAAACAGGGCUUUUAGUGUCCAAGGUUGGCGCCCUCAGCCCAUUCUUUGGCUACGCUGGAAGUAAGCAGCUGACGGAAAAGAAGCUGAUGAGAAAUGUGUUUGUGAAGGGAGACGCCUUCUUUAACACAGGCGACCUCAUGGCUGAAGACCAGGAGGGCUUCAUCUGUUUCAGAGACAGAGUGGGAGACACCUUCAGGUGGAAGGGUGAAAAUGUAGCAACAACAGAGGUGACGGAGGUUCUUGGGCUGGUGGAUUUCAUCCAGGAAGUCAAUGUGUACGGAGUGGAAAUACAAGGCCAUGAGGGCAGAGGAGGCAUGGCGGCCAUUAUUGUGAGACCAGGCCUCAAGUUUGACGGGAGGAAACUGUUUGAACAUGUGAUGAGCGAUCUGCCGGGGUACGCUCGCCCUCUCUUCAUCAGGCUGCAGGAGGUGAUGGAAUUGACAAGCACCUUCAAGCAGCAGAAGUUCCAGCUGGUCCAGAGCGGCUUUAACCCCUCAACGAUCUCUGAUCCUCUCUUUAUUUUGGACUAUGAGGUGAAGGAAUACAUUCCUCUAACAGACCGGAUCUACCAGAGCAUCGUCGCUGGAGAACGCAAGCUAUAGACGUAACCAGAGAGCCUACAAUCAUGUUGGAUGUUUACUGAGGCCUAGAUGAAAAGCCAUCGUCUACUUGGUGAAAAAAGGAUUAUGAGUUGAUUGUAUACAUAAAAACAGUAAUAUCCCUAUGAGAUUUAUUUGCCAAACAAACCCUCCCAUAAAAAAUAUGAACCUCCUGAACUCCUUUAGAGCAGCCAUUCUCAACCUUGGGGUCCCGACCCCAAUUGGGGUCGCAAGAUGAUUUCUGGGGGUCGCCAAAUCAUUUUGGAAAAAAUAUAAAUGCACAAAAUUUAUAUUAAAUUACAUAAUUUCAGACAGGGAGAUGUUUUAGUUGUUGUCUGCUUCAUUAUUUGUCCAAAAUUUGUUGUAUCAACUGAGUUUGCGUUAUCUGAAAGAUUAUGUUUAGUGAAAAAAAAAACUGUUUUACCACCUUUGAAAAGAGAGAAUAUAUAUAUAUAUAUAUAUAUUAAUUGGCAGAAUAUUGAAUUUUGCUAUUCAAAUCUUCUAAAAACACACUGCAAAAAGGUCUGUCUAAAAACAAGAUAAAAACACUAAAUCUGAGGGAAAUGAUCUUGCUGCAUGGACAGAUAAUUUACUUGACAAGAUUUCUUAAAUUAAGAUGAUUAAAUCUAGAAAUAAGCAUGUUGAACGCUUAAAAUAAGAUGCGGCUGACAACAUGCAUGAUAAAUUGGGGGUCGCGGCUCAAAAAGGUUGAGAAGCACUGCUUUAGAGGACAUUAUUUAACUCUCAUUCCUUCUACUGAAACAGAAAGCUCUUCAUUUGUCCAUUCAUUUGAAAAAAAUGGUGGUAAAGUCAAACCUUGCCCAUUUUCAACCGGCUCUGUGACCUUGCACUGUGGGAAUAUGCACAUGAACUGUUUUUGGCUUUCCAACAUACUCAUUCGGUGCUCGAAAAUAAUCCACCUACAAAAGUAAAACACACAAAACAUUUAUUAAUUUAUAGAUGACUUCAUUUACAUAUUGAUUAAAAAUAUUUGACAAGUGUUUGAGUUUACAUGUUCUCUCCAGGUUCUCUGGCUUCCUCCCACUGUCCAAAAACAUGCAGCUUAGGUUUAAUUGGUGACUCUAAAUUGCCUAAUUGCCUAUACAGUUGAUGAUUUGGGUUAGCUAAUAAUUAAACAUUUUUCUUCAUUAUUCAAGUACUCGGUAUUCAUUUAAUAGAUCUUCUCAGAUAUGGGCUAAAUGAAUGGAUACAUUUAUGAUAAUAAAUGAAUUAACUGUAAUAUUUAAAGUUGUUUUAAACAUAUUUGCAUGGAUUAAGAGGGUAAUUUGUCAAUAAAUAGUUUACUCUUAGACUCUUAGAAUCCAGUUGAAAGUGCCUUAAUUACAGCUGAAGUAUAAAUUAAGAAAACUUGAUGAGGCAUAAUAUUCCAUAGUGUAUAUAAAAAAAUAAGAUUCACUUUUCAUUCAUUGUGGUUUGUAACUUACAAACAAAAUAAAUGGUUCACAGUUGUUUUGGGUCUUUGCUGACUGUUGCAUUAAAUGUCUUUGUAUCUCAAGAUACUUCGUUUCACUGAUUGUAAUCAUUUAGCCAAUUCUCACAUCAUUUUGACCAAUCACAGCACACACCUGUAUGUGUUUGUGUUUCAAUUCAUAUUAUCUAUGAACAACAAUAAUACGAAUUUAUUUAAACUAUAUAUACUGUAUAUAUAUAUAAACUAUAAAUAUUUAGCUAUAGCAAAUGUUUUUCAAUUUUGUGCAGGUUCUUACUCCACAAUUUGUUCAUUUACGUUCUAUUUUAAAGAAAUUGUCCUUUUAAUUUUUUUUCAAUAUGUGCUGCUGAGUAGAUACAUUGUGUGUUAACUGUACAAAGUUCCUUACUGUAAAAGGUCUUUAGUGUCUUCAGUGUUAAAUAGACUCAGGAUGGAUUUUUCCACUGACUCAGGGUUGUUCUGCUCAUGUCACCAUCAGCUAGUUUCAGUAUAUUACCACAGUUAUAUGACUAUAACUAAGAGAUUAUUUCUAAUAUUCUGGAAGAUAGAAAUACUCAGACAGGCUGGAAAUAAACCUGGAUCACGGGGAGACAGAUACAUAUCACAAUAAACCUUAAACUCCCAGUUGAUUACUGACAUGAAGACAGUUAUUUUUGUGGCCGCCAAUAUGAUCUUACGAUUUUGAUGGAUGAAGUUAAUCAAUCUCAGUGAUCUUGGUGUCAAUAAAUAUGUUUUUGAGCGUG